AUGUCGGAAACGCAGGGGAAAUCGAAGAAUAAGUGCGAUGGGUGUAAAAAGUCUCAAGGAGAAGAUGGUAUCAAGAUCUUACGUUGUGGUCGAUGCAAGUCUGCUAUGUACUGUAGUACGACUUGUCAGAAGGAUAACUGGUACUUUCACAAGAACGUCUGCCGCGCGAGGGGCGCCGUGGCGGAGGGUAAAAAAUGGUAUGACCCGUUCCGAAAGUGUAGGGACGGCACUUCGCAUUUCGGUGACCUAGAGCUUAUGACCUGGGGGGAUACGUGUCCCAGGGAUGAGAAUGACCACAGAUUGGGGUGGGGAAACUGCUUUGUGGAUGAGGCGCUGCAGCUGAAGCGCAAGUACGAAGAGGAGUUCGGGUCCGACGAUAUUGCUAUGUAUGGGUACUGGUCUCAUGGCUUUCGCUGGACAUGCUGUGGCAUGGCGGCAGGCCAGAACGACGGGUGCGACCACCAUGGCACAGGACCAGACCCUUGCCAAUGCGACUUCUGCCACAUGGGCAAAUCGUUACCAGACAGUAUCUAUAACAUGGACACUUUAGAGCGUCGUGGAUUAAACCUUCCCCGAGGGCCUGACCCGCGGUCUUUCCACCUCGUGAAAGCAUCGUUGGCAGGCUUUGCGCGGCCAUUCAUGGGAAUGCCGGAAUAA